AUGAAAGUGGUAUCAAACUUUAUAUUCACAAUUUUGCUUACUCUCAACCUCAGUGCUGCAUUAGAAGUUGUCACAAGCAGAAUUGACCGUGGUGGAAUUCAAGGUUUCCAUGGUGAUGUUAAAGUUCAUUCUGGUGCUACUUGGGCUAUUCUUGGUACUACUCUUUGUUCCUUUUUUGGUGGGUUAGAAGUUGAGAAAGGUGCUUCUUUAUUUAUUAAGCUGGACAAUGGUCCUGUCUUAGCUCUUAAUGUCGCUUUAUCAACUUUAGUUAGACCAGUUAUAAAUAAUGGUGUUAUUUCAUUAAAUUCUAAAUCUUCUACAAGUUUUUCAAAUUUUGACAUUGGUGGAUCUUCAUUCACUAAUAAUGGUGAAAUUUAUCUUGCUUCUUCGGGUCUUGUUAAAAGUACAGCCUAUCUUUAUGCACGUGAAUGGACUAAUAAUGGGUUAAUUGUUGCUUAUCAAAAUCAAAAAGCUGCUGGUAAUAUUGCUUUUGGUACUGCUUAUCAAACCAUCACUAAUAAUGGCCAAAUUUGUUUGCGUCAUCAAGACUUUGUUCCAGCUACAAAAAUCAAAGGUACUGGUUGUGUUACUGCUGAUGAAGACACAUGGAUUAAACUUGGUAAUACUAUUUUAUCAGUUGAACCUACUCAUAAUUUUUACUUGAAAGAUAGUAAAUCGUCUUUGAUUGUUCAUGCUGUUUCAAGCAACCAAACAUUUACUGUCCAUGGUUUUGGUAAUGGUAAUAAACUUGGUUUGACUCUUCCAUUAACUGGAAAUAGAGAUCAUUUCCGUUUUGAAUACUACCCUGACACUGGUAUUUUACAAUUAAGAGCUGCUGCCCUUCCACAAUAUUUUAAAAUUGGUAAAGGUUAUGAUUCUAAGUUGUUUAGAAUUGUUAAUCUGCGUGGUCUCAAAAAUGCUGUUACUUAUGAUGGUCCUGUUCCUAACAAUGAAAUCCCAGCUGUUUGUUUGAUACCAUGUACCAAUGGACCAUCUGCACCAGAAAGUGAAUCUGAUUUGAAUACUCCUACUACAUCAUCAAUUGAAACAAGCUCAUACAGUUCUGCUGCAACUGAAUCUAGUGUUGUUAGUGAAUCUAGUUCUGCAGUUGAUAGCUUGACUUCAUCCUCCUUAUCAUCAAAAUCUGAAUCUAGCGAUGUUGUUUCUAGUACCACCAACAUUGAAUCAUCUUCCACUGCUAUUGAAACUACUAUGAACUCAGAAAGUUCUACUGAUGCUGGUUCAAGUUCUAUUAGUCAAUCCGAAUCAUCCUCCACCGCCAUCACUUCAUCUUCAGAAACUAGUUCAUCCGAAUCUAUGUCUGCUUCAUCUACUACUGCAUCAAAUACUUCUAUUGAAACUGACUCAGGUAUUGUUAGCCAAUCUGAAUCAUCUAGCAAUGCAUUAUCAUCAACUGAACAAAGUAUCACAUCAAGUCCUGGUCAAUCUACUAUUUACGUCAACCUGACUGUUACAUCAACUAUUACUUCUUGUGAUGAAAAUAAAUGUACUGAAGAUGUUGUCACUAUCUUCACCACUGUUCCAUGCUCCACUGAUUGUGUUCCAACUACUGGUGAUAUUCCAAUGUCUACUUCCUACACACAAAGAACUGUUACCUCCACUAUUACUAACUGUGAUGAAGUCAGUUGUUCACAAGAUGUUGUGACAUACACUACUAAUGUUCCACAUACCACCGUAGAUGCUACAACUACAACUACUACUAGUACUGGUGGUGAUAAUUCAACUGGAGGUAAUGAAAGUGGUUCUAACCAUGGUUCAGGAGCUGGUUCCAAUGAAGGUUCUCAAUCUGGUCCUAAUAACGGUUCUGGUUCUGGUUCUGAAGGUGGAUCUAACAAUGGUUCUGGUUCUGGUUCUGAUUCCGGCUCUAAUAAUGGUUCUGGUUCUGGUUCUAAUAAUGGUUCUGGUUCUGGUUCUAAUAAUGGUUCCGGCUCCGGUUCCGGUUCAACUGAAGGUUCUGAAGGUGGUUCUGGUUCAAAUGAAGGCUCUAACCAUGGUUCCAAUGAAGGAUCUGGUUCUGGUUCUGGCUCUCAAACUGGUUCUGGUUCCGGCUCUAAUAAUGGCUCCGGUUCAGGCUCACAAUCCGGCUCAGGCUCAGGCUCACAAUCCGGUUCUGAAUCUGGUUCUAACAGUGGUUCCAAUGAAGGUUCUAACCCAGGUGCUGGUAACGGAUCAAACGAAGGUUCAGGUCAAGGUUCUGGAAAUGGUUCUGAAGCUGGUUCUGGACAAGGUUCUGGUCCUAACAACGGUUCUGGAAGUGGUCAUAACGAUGGCUCUGGUUCUGGAUCUAAUCAAGGUUCCAAUCCAGGCGCUGGUUCUGGUUCUGGUUCCGAAAGUGGUUCUAACGCAGGUUCACACUCUGGUUCUAAUGAAGGUGCUAAGACAGACUCUAUUGAAGGUUUCCACACUGAAUCUAAACCUGGUUUCAAUACCGGUGCUCACACUGAUGCUACUGUCACUGGUAACUCUGUUGCUAAUCCAGUUACUACUUCCACAGAAAGUGACACCACCAUUUCAGUUACUGUUUCAAUCACUAGUUAUAUGACUGGCUUUGAUGGAAAACCUAAACCAUUUACAACUGUUGAUGUUAUUCCAGUACCACAUUCUAUGCCAUCAAACACAACUGAUUCAUCAUCUAGUGUUCCAACUAUUGAUACUAAUGAAAAUGGUUCAUCUAUUGUUACUGGUGGUAAAUCCAUUUUGUUUGGUUUAAUUGUUUCCAUGGUUGUUUUAUUCAUGUGA